GUCACUUCCCUACACUCCACCAGCUAUAAAUAUCCUCUGCUCUCGCCUCUUCCUCCUCGCCAACUACUCCGAUCGCGAAAUCCGAAACCGCCGUCUUCUUUCCGGCGCAGAGAACUCUGUCCGUCCGUCCCUCCGUCGAGCCCCCUAGCUUGAAAGCAAUGGAGACUUUCCUAUUCACCUCCGAGUCCGUGAACGAGGGGCACCCGGACAAGCUCUGCGACCAGAUCUCCGACGCCGUCCUUGACGCCUGCCUGGCGCAGGACGCCGACAGCAAGGUGGCUUGCGAGACCUGCACCAAGACCAACAUGGUCAUGGUGUUCGGGGAGAUCACCACCAAGGCCAAUGUCGACUACGAGAAGAUCGUGCGCGACACCUGCAGGGGCAUCGGAUUCGUGUCCGACGAUGUGGGCCUCGAUGCUGAUAACUGCAAGGUGCUUGUUAACAUUGAGCAGCAGAGUCCUGAUAUUGCUCAGGGCGUCCACGGCCAUCUCACCAAGCGGCCAGAGGAGAUUGGCGCCGGCGAUCAGGGGCACAUGUUCGGUUAUGCCACUGAUGAGACGCCCGAGCUUAUGCCUCUGAGCCACGUGCUUGCUACCAAGCUCGGCGCCCGCCUCACUGAGGUCCGCAAGAACGGCACUUGCCCGUGGUUGAGGCCCGAUGAGACCCAAGUCACCGUUGAGUACUACAAUGAGAAUGGGGCCAUGGUCCCUGUCCGUGUCCACACCGUCCUCAUCUCCACUCAGCAUGACGAGACUGUCACGAACGACGAGAUUGCUGCCGAUCUCAAGGAGCACGUCAUCAAGCCCGUGGUCCCUGAGAAGUAUCUGGAUGAGAAGACCAUCUUCCACCUGAACCCGUCAGGCCGUUUCGUUAUCGGUGGACCCCAUGGCGAUGCCGGUCUCACGGGCCGCAAGAUCAUCAUCGACACUUAUGGUGGAUGGGGUGCGCACGGUGGCGGUGCUUUCUCCGGGAAAGACCCGACCAAGGUGGACCGCAGCGGUGCCUACAUUGUUAGGCAGGCUGCCAAGAGCAUUGUUGCCAGUGGGCUCGCGAGGAGGUGCAUCGUUCAGGUGUCCUACGCCAUUGGCGUCCCAGAGCCCUUGUCCGUCUUUGUCGACACCUACGGUACCGGGAAGAUCCCCGACAAGGAGAUCCUGAAGAUCGUGAAGGAGAACUUCGACUUCAGGCCGGGCAUGAUCUCCAUCAACCUGGACCUCAAGAGGGGCGGCAACGGCAGGUUCUUGAAGACUGCCGCCUAUGGACAUUUCGGAAGGGACGAUGCGGACUUCACCUGGGAAGUGGUGAAGCCCCUCAAGUGGGAAAAGCCCCAAGCUUGAAUCGGCAUUUUCUCUACCAGCUAAUACCGUUCGCUGUCUGCGCUUGUUUUUGCUUUUCGUUUCGAUUUUUUUGGUUUUCCAGAUUUGGAUUUCCGUGUUUGUUUCGCUUCAGUCCAAGACGUCGAUUUUCUAGAUAUGAUAGGUCAUAUAUUCUUUAGCAGAGAAGCAUAAAUUGUUGAUUCAGACCUAUAGUGCUGUAAGAGAUUUAACCGCGCCGAGGUGAUCAUCUGGCUGUGAUGAUGAUGUCUAGCGGAAAUCCUGGUAGGGGAAGAACACAAAGAUGCAACGGUAUUUUGUUUGUUUUUACCAAAUAUUAUAAGAUUCAAAGGAAGUUCUUGCUUUUGGCUGUGUAAA